GUUCAGAACUUCAGAUACAAACCUCACUUGAUGUCAGUUAUGUUAGUUCGGCUGGCAUUUCAUGCGUAUUAGGAAGGGCCCCCCGGUAAUUUCACACCUCCGAUGAUGCGGAGGGAAAAUUGUGAAGAAAGAUUUUGACAGAAAGCAGAGAAAGAAAAGAAAAGGGUUUAGCUUCUGUAGGAAUGGAUAGCAGAAGGGGUGGAGAAGAAGAAGGGUUUAGAUUAGAGAAUCCCUUUACUUUGAAGGUGGGUCAAGUGUUCACCGGUUUUGGAAUCGGAUGUGGAGUAGGAAUCGGCGUUGGUCGCCCUUUAAAUCUAGCUGCAAUACCAAUGUUGAAUCAAGUGAUGAGUGCAACCAGAGGUGCAACUGAUGCAUUCUCGGGUGUUACCAGGCAUGUUAAUACCUCUUUGAAGAAGUUGGGAGCUAAGAAUAUUGAAGUCGGUGUUGGAUGUGGAGUUGGUUUUGGCCAUGGUUUUGGAGCUGGCGUUGCUGUGAAACCAGGGGUGUUGAAUCAAAUUCAAUCUUGUGUUAUGGUAGCAAUGACAAAGAUGAUGAUGAAGCUUGGUAUUGUUCCCAAUUUACCCUUCAAUCCGGGUGCAUUUUCAGCGUCCUUUCAAAGUGGUAUAAACAUGGUCAAUAAAAACCGAAUUUCACCACCAAGCAUGAUGCAGCUGGCAGGUAAACCAGCAGAUCAAGUUACUCAGGGUCUUGCAGGGUCCCAAUCUAUGCAAAUUGGGUCGGCUUUUGAAAGUACUACCAUUAAAGGAAAUGCAAUUGACCCCAAAGUUGGCAGCCGAACCGAGAAGGUUAUUAGCAACUUUCUGCAAAAUCCAUUGCUGAAUGGGGAGGAAGGAGGAGUUGAUGAAUCGGGGGCUGGACGCCUGCGGUCGGAGAACAAUGUACUUCAGAUGGUCUUGAAACACCAAAGAAUCAUUGAAGAACUUGUGGAGGAAAAUGAGAAGCUUCGACAGAUACUAGUGGAGGACCUGAAAGUACCACCAAGCAAACUUGAAGCAAAUUCUGCAGGUAGAAUUAGAAAUGAGUUGCCAUGUACUAAUUGUUUUGAGUGCAGAAGAAAACAAAGAAAAAGAAUCGUAACACACUCAAGUCCAAAGGAGAAAACAAUAAGAGAAAAAAGGGAGAGAACCAAAAGUAAAAUAAAUGGUCCACGCUUACCAAAUGUAGGAACUGGUUCGUGUAUUACUAUACUCAAUAACAAGUCUUAUUACGACGUGGUAUGCAAUAUCUAUGAUGCCUAAUUAGUAAUGGACAUCUCUACCUUAUCUUUUCUUUUUAAUUGUGUAUGUGAUGUGGAACAUUCCAUCAAUAAUUGUAGAAAAUUAAUUUUAUAGUGCUGAUCGUUGAUCCCUUUUGUAAGUAACUAAUAAUAAAAGGCAAAAGGAGAAAAUGCUAGUGCUUGAUAAGUUUGCACUCACAUUGGUACACAUAAGUUUUAUGCCCACAAGUCAGCGUGAAUCUAAUGCUUUAUUUGGUGUGGUACUAAAUUCUCUCCCCUUUUUAUUUUGUUGGUCGCCAAAU